UCCGAGUCGUCUCGCAGUCUCAGACAAACAUACUCAAAACCAAGAUGUUCCGCUACAUGCUCGUCGCCUCCGCCUUCUUGGCCUGCGCUUAUGCUGCCGCCACCUACAACCAGGAUGCUGGUGCCUACAUCACCAAGAGCGGUGCCGACAUCCAGCCCGAUGGCCAGUACAACUACGCUUAUGAGACUAGCAAUGGCAUCGCCGCCCAGGAGUCCGGCCUCGGAGGCUACCAGGCCAACGGCGGAUACUCCUACUACUCCCCCGAGGGCCAGCUCGUCCAGAUCCAGUAUGUUGCUGACGAGAACGGCUUCCAGCCCCAGGGUGCUCUGCUGCCCACUCCUCCCCCAAUCCCAGCUGCCAUCCUGAAGUCCCUGGAGUACAUCCGCACUCAUCCCCAGUACGUUGAGCCUGCCCAGCAGAACCGUGGUUUUGCUCGCAAGACCAUCUUCGGUUAAGUAUUUCAAGGAUAGCGUUGUAGCGCACUCUAAAAGCUUUAUUACAAUGUGUAAAAAUGUUAUUGUCGAG